UUCCACAACUAUUCCCCUCCCCCCCCUUCGGACGCCAUUUUGUCGCCGACUUUCACCCGCCACUCGGCGGGGCUUUUUUUUCUUAAAGGAGAAGCUGCAAUGUUUUUUUUUUAAACCUCCCCUGAGCUUCAAACUCCGGAAGCCGCGGACAGCGUGAAAAAGGAACGAAGAGGCUUGGGAAGGUACUGGCUCGUUAUAGUUGUUGUUUCCAUUUGAAACGAAGAGGCUCAGGUAUUUCUGCCGGGGCCAAAAGACGAAGGGCAGCGUGUUUUUGUGUGUGUGGGAGAGGAGCGCUUUUUAAAAGGACAUCCUUCCUGUAUCGUUAGGCAGCCCCAAGCGCUGCGUGAGGGCAACCGAGCGCGGAGGCAGGGCCGGCCGGAGUCCGGGGGGCGCGCGCGAGGGGGGGGGGCGAGAGGGAAACCCAACCAACGGCCUGACGGGCUCGGUCUCCCCGCGGCGCGCGCCACGGCCAGGAUUCCGACAGCGCGCGCUCCCCUCGUGCUCGCGCCUGAGAGGGCUCGCCCGUUGAUUGGCCAAGUUCUCCGCGAGGUUCCAGCCCGGCUUCCGGCUCCGAUUGGUGGGCUGGGGCGAAGGGCGGGGUGUGUGUCUUACAUCUCCUCUCCCGAUUGGAGGCCCUGACUUCGUGCCUGCUCCCUGAACCCGUUUUUGAUUGGAGGGGGGCGCCCUUAUCGCUCGUCCGGAGGCGCGGGCUCCGUUGCUGGCAGGAGUCGCCCUCCGCCAACUGCUCUGAUGCCGGGGGCCUCCGAGCCGGCGGAGAGCCAAGACGGGGAGGCGCAGCAGCAGCAGCCGCCGCCGGAAGAGAGGCAGGAGGAGGAGGAGAAGCAGGCCGUGCCUCCCGCCGCCCACGGCCGCCGCCGACCCCCGCCCCCAGCCGAGCCGAGGGAGGAGCCCAGCGCCACCCGGGUGCUCCGAGGAGGCCGCGAGCGCGGACGGGCCGCCGCCGCCGCUGCAGCUGCCGCCGCCUCGCGCCGAAGGAAGGCCGAGUAUCCCCGCCGGCGCCGCCACGACCCCGCCGCCCAGCAGAGCCACGAGCCUGAGGGAACCCCGGCCGGGACUGGAGCCCAACCGACGCCCAGCGACGCCCAACCGCCCGGCGCCUCCAGGAAAGGGACCCCGCGUGCCUCAUAUUCAGAUAAAGCUGCAGUCAAAGAUCCCAAAGAAGAGACAGAAGAGGAAGAAGUCUCCACUGUUAUUGCUACUGGAAUCCCAGUCAGCUCAGCCAGGUCCAGUCGGGGCUGGCGUAGCAACAGGACAGCUGCUGCUAUUCAUCAAUGUGAUACAGAAAAUUCACGGAGCUCUAGAUCCAAGACUGGGUCACUACAGCUCAUCUGUAAAUCAGAACCAAAUUCAGAACAACUAGAAUUUGAAGUCACAGAAGAGCGUUCAUCUCCAGCUGGAAUUAGUGAUGAAGAAGAAAUGCUCAUCAGUGAAGAAGAAGUUCCUUUCAAAGAUGAUCCCAGAGAUGAAACCUAUAAACCCCAUUUAGACAGGGAAGUUCCAAAACAAAGGAAAAAAUCUGGGAAGGGAAAAGAAGAAAAAGAGAAACAGAAAGAGAUUAAAGUGGAGGUAGAGGUCAAAGAAGAAAGUGAAUUUCAGGAAGAUGAGGAUCCACCUAGGAAGAGAGGAAGGAGAAGAAAAGAUGACAAGAGCCCACGACUUCCAAAAAGAAGGAAGAAGCCCCCAAUACAAUAUGUACGGUGUGAGAUGGAAGGAUGUGGCACAGUUCUUGCACACCCUCGCUAUCUACAACAUCACAUCAAAUAUCAGCAUCUGUUGAAAAAGAAAUAUGUUUGUCCUCAUCCUUCAUGUGGGCGACUGUUCCGGCUCCAGAAGCAGCUUUUGCGCCAUGCCAAACAUCACACAGAUCAAAGGGAUUACAUCUGUGAAUAUUGUGCCCGUGCUUUCAAGAGUUCGCACAAUCUAGCAGUACAUCGAAUGAUUCACACAGGCGAGAAGCCACUACAAUGCGAGAUCUGUGGGUUCACCUGCCGGCAGAAAGCCUCAUUGAACUGGCACAUGAAAAAGCAUGAUGCAGAUACCUUUUAUCAGUUUUCUUGCAAUAUCUGUGGAAAGAAGUUUGAGAAGAAGGACAGUGUGGUGGCACAUAAAGCCAAGAGUCACCCGGAGGUGCUCAUUGCUGAAGCACUGGCAGCCAAUGCAGGGGCCCUCAUCACCAGCACUGACAUUCUGGGUACCAGCCCAGAAUCCAUUGUCCAGCCCAGUGACAACCAGGGGCUUCCCCUUCUUCCCGACCCCCUUGAAAACACCACUCCUGGAGAGUGUCUACUGCUGAACCCUGACGGGAUGCCUAAGACAUAUUGUGACGAGAGCGACCAGGUCAACCUGAUGGCUGACGGCAAGAUUUUUGUUGGCAGUACUAGUGGCGAGAAUGCAGAAGGGCUGGUCAUGAACCCGGAAAUCCUUGGGGCUACCACUGAAGUGCUAAUUGAGGAUUCGGAUUCUGCAGGACCUUAGUGGGAGAGGAGCACAUGUGUGUUGGGACAACAAGGACUUGUAUUUAAAAGAAUGAAUUGGGGAAAAUUUAUUCAACAUAGAUGGACUUAAACAAAAAUUAAACUAGUCAAAUAUUACUAAAGGGCCUGCUCCCCUUCAGCCCUCCCUCCCAGAAUGGAUCACUACACAUGCUUUCCCAGUACCCUUUUUAGAGAGGAAAGUUGCCUUUACACAGACUGGCAAAGCAAAAGAAUUCUUGCAAUGCAGUAGAGGGACGCAGCCAGAGCCUGUCCCUCUCCCUGCCCUCCCAAAGCAAGCAGACCUCCUGCUUCUCGACAUUGUUGCAAGAUUAAAGGUGUUUGUACUCUGGACCAGUAUCUUUCUCAGAACCAUCCCAUGCUCCUCCAGUUGCACCAACCUGUUCUAUGCAUUACUGAAUUCUGACCCUUGCAGGCUCUUCUGUUUCCGUCUAGGGCUUGGGAAUAUAGCUUGGCACUUUAGAACCCCUCAGCAGGAUGAGCUGUAAAACAGCAUAUACCUUUCCCAUUUCCCCCUCCCCAAUCCCUUUCCCCCUGCAUCAUUCCUUCUGCUUUGGUAAGGAAAGAGAGGGAAUACUGGCACUCUGGUGCUCACUUUUUCAAAGAGGAGUGCCAUUAUUUUGUACAGUUACUCUGGCUGCAAAGGCUCUGUAUGGGAGAGGCAGAGAGAAUGGGUGCUAGGCUUGUAAAAGAAAACUUGCACUUUGAACAUGUCUUGUUUUUAAGUUGUGAUAACAAAUUCUUUAUUUAUUUGCUUUUUUUUAAAAAAAAGAUUUGUUUUAGUUGCUGUCCAGGAGGGAUUUUCUUCCAAAUUUGAAAAUCCUUAGUAAAGUGUAUAAAACAGAAUCAGCUUCUUCAGCUAAUCACACUUAAGCACUGCCCUCACCUAAAAUGAAAAGUUCAUGGAAUAGUGUAGCCCUUACAGUGAAGCUCCUGUUUGCUUCAUCAUUUGUUGUUUACUGGAAAAGGAUUUCUUUGUGAAGGUGUGACGUCCGCUUUAAAGAUUUGACCUUUUUUCAUUAUUCACCCCCAACUUUUCUAAUGUUUUCCUUCUGUAUGUUGUAUUGUUAGUUUUGUGUCUUUCUCUAACCUGGAUGAGUAAGCAGAAAACUUGGUCUUAAGGAAGUGAUAUUAACUGCUAAACAGCAUAACGGCUUCCCUCUGAUAUAUUUUGCUUUUAAAACACUCUAGUCCAAUUCUUGAAAACACAUGUGGAAGCAAAACUGCAAGUAUCAGCUAGUGUCCAUCAGCUAGUGUACAUUCUGGUUUUCCUCAGUCAUGCAUCUAAUGUUUGCAUGUAGACACAGACCAUCUUGUUUCUGUGAAAUUGAUGGCUUGAGUGUCUCAAGAAGGUGAAAGACAUCUUGCAUUUUAGGCAGAAUGUGGGAAGCCCUGUGACUUUUCAAAGAUUUACUUUAGUCACAACCUGUAUGCAUCCUUGGUUGUUACCUAACAGCUUGUGGUGUCACUAUAUCCCAGGAGUGACAGUAUUAUGUAGACUUCUCUUGGAGCUGACCAUAACUAGGAUUGUUUUGCAGCCUGUGCUUGAGCAGUGCUUAUCAUUAAAGACAGAUACCUUUUCAUCCAGAGCUCUACCUCGUGUACAACAAGCUCAUAUUAACUAUGCAUUUUCCCACACGUCUUUUGCCAUUUCAUUUGUCUAAAAAUGAGUCCCAAUGCACUCUUUUUUCACUAGAAAGUCAGUAUCAAUAGAGGGUAAUAGGACACAAUCUGUGGCAGCCCUCUAAGGGUUUUAGUGUACCCCACACCUUCCAUUUCUGCAAUCUGGUGGGAGGUGUCUCGGCAAUCAGCUAAGGGCCAUCUGUGGUAUUUGUUGUUUUUUAUAUUAAGUUUGGCAUUGGGCAAAUACUUGCAAUUGAAAGUUUGUUUUGUGUGCUGCUUGAAGAAGCAUCAUCCUAUUUCAGUUAUACUGCAUUUCACUUAUUAAAAUGGAUGAUAUAAUAGACAUUCAGUUUUAGCUCUGUAGGAACUUGAAUCGUUCAGGGAAAAGGCUGAGCUGGCAGUGUACUUGAAGUCCUUUCUUAGAUUGAGUUACCAUCAGCCUCUGGUCUGUCCGUCCUGGAUGGCUCUGUUUGUCUCUUUUUUCACCCUGUGUUGGGGUAUGUUUGUAUGCAGUUUUGUUUCAAGCAACAUUGUUUAUGUUUAACUGGGUCAGCCCCUAAUACUCUAGGUUGAAUAAUUUCUGGUUUUAGAUUUAUGAACUGAAACCCUUUAGUCUUUACAUGAAGCGUUCCUGCUGCUUCCCUAUAAUGUCUCUCCCACCAUACGCAUGCAGUCUGGCUUCAAUCAAUUAUUAUAGUAUCUGCAAUAAACUGUUUUUUUCUAGGGAGCUUAUUUCCCAUGGGAAGAAAGCAUGGUGCUGGGAGCUUGAAGCUAUAGUCUCCUUCCCACUGUAAUAUGGGAUAGUUUACAGUAACUAAUCUGAUGUGAUCCCAGCACAGAGUCAGUUCUGUAAUGUUGUCCUCUUUAUAAACUCAUUGGUUCUGUAAAUGUAGAACCCCUUCCUGAUAACUCUAGGGAUGAUUUGAAUCUCUUCCCCUCUUUUCAGGAGCUGACACAAACUUCUUUCCCAGCCAGAUGACCACAGAUUAUUUUUUCAGAAUUUUAUCUGAACAUUGAUAGAAUAGUACAAGAUGGGAAGAGGAGCUCAGGAGUUUAGUAUGCUUAGUGUGUGAGAAAUGGUCCGUCUAGUUCAAAUAGUUUCUGAAUGGCACAAAACCUUGGCAGGGGCAGGGCAGGGGUGAACGGUAACUCUGUGGAGAAGUUUUCCAGGGUGAUAGCAGAGACCUGUGGGGGAAACUGCACUAGCAUUGUGAAUCCUACCAGAGAGAGGGCAGGAUUUGCUAUACUUUGCAGAGCUACCUGAAGAAGUAGCCACUGGGUGGCAACAGAGCUGUGUUGCAUUGUGGCACACCCCUAUUUUUUAGUGUUAAAGUGAAAGGAUGGUUAAGUUGACAAGUCUUUGAUUGCUUAAAAGCCUUGUUGCAUAUAAAUUUUUCCACAAAGGACUGGAGAUUUGGGGUGGGAUGCCAGGGGGAGGGGCAGUGAUCCAUGUUGAUAAAAGGUUAUGUAUACAAAAGUCAAUAAAACAAUAAAAAGGGA